CAGUCAAUAAAAUCUGUUCAUUUGAUAAUUACACAGCUGUGGAUAUCUGGCCAACCAAGAACAUAUAUAUAAGAAAAGUAACAUUUUCAACGAUUGAGUGAGAAGUUUAAAAGACAUUCAGACCGGAUUGAAGUUAUAUGUCUAGUAAUAUCUCGAUAUUCACAACAAGUUUUAUGGUAGCUGCAUGUUACAGUCUUUGAGAAUAAAUUCAAGCAGAAGGUGAUCCAUCUCUUUUGUUUAACAGAGAUACAAAUCAAGUGGAGAAAUGAACUUUUUACUAACGUAUAACAGCACUCUGAUAAUGGAAUUAACAACUAGUAUUUUCAACACAUCGCAUUUCAAGCAUUUAUACUUUCAACACAACGAAGAACCCUUUUGGAACCCCGCUCUCCAAUCGAUAAGUCUAAAAUACAUGGGUGUUCAUGGUUAUCUUAGUCUAUUCGUUUGCUUCUUCGGGAUUCCAACCAAUGUCAUAAACAUAACUGUGCUGACCCGGAAGCACAUGCAAACACCGAUCAACUUCAUUCUAACGUCAAUGGCCGUGUUUGACAUUCUGACAAUGUGUUCGUAUGUCCCUUUCGCGCUUCAUUUCUAUUGUCAGUAUCCGUCUGGGUAUAUAUCAGAAGAGAAAAACUCGUAUGGAUGGAUGAUGUUUUUGAUCUUUCAUGUCAAUUUCUCGGCAACUGCUCAUACUAUAUCGAUAUGGCUAGGAGUAUCAAUGGCUAUAUUUCGAUACCGCCAUAUUCAUUCGCCCGCAAAAGGGUCGUUAACACGCAUGCGCCGUCUCAUCAGAGCAAGGUUAGUUGUGUUUGUGAUAAUUAUUGCAUCUGUGAUACUGAUGAUUCCGAAUUACAUGUCAAAUAAAUUGGUUAGAUAUCAAAACACGACCAUGUUUAUUUUACGCGAUCUCGAAUUAGGGACACCUCAUGUCCGUGCGGUGGUUAUGAUGAAUCUCAUGUUGUAUAGUUCACUCGCAAAAAUAUUCCCUUGUAUUUUAAUGAUUAUAUAUGGAUCAAUGUUGCUAAAAACAGUAAAUCGACGAUUGCUUGCAGUUUCCCGCAAAGUCAAACGUGGGGUGUUUUCCAACAAACCAAGAGACACAUCGAAAACAACAACAAUGUUGUUGACAGUCAUUGUACUAUUUCUACUGACAGAGUUUCCUCAAGGAAUAUUGAUUAUACUCAGUGUAGUUUUAAAGGGAUUUUUCGACAACGUGUACAUCCCUCUUGGAGAUGCGAUGGAUAUUUUAGCUCUUAUCAACAAUGCUAUUAAUUUUAUUCUUUAUUGUUCAAUGAGUGGAGAAUUUAGGCGGACACUUAAGAAAUUAUUUUGCACUUUUAAAAGAAGGAAGUCUAAAAAUGUUAUUAUUGAUUUUCAAAGAGAGCGCACUCAGUCUACUUGGCUCAGUUUAAAAUAACAAUUAGUUAUCUUGACAUGUUACAGUGACUUAAUAAAUAAAUCAAAUUAAGCAUUAAAAUUGGAAAUUUGAUAAUUAUUACAAAAUUGAGUAAUGAUCUCGAAAAUACUUUUUA